GAUUGGCCUCAACCUGUAGACCUGUCUGCGAAGAGGACAGAGGCAGCAAGGGAGGGGUUGCUGCCGACAUAAUUACAAUAUAGAGCAGUGAACUAUCUGUAGACAAACCACCAAAAAAAAAAAAAACAGAGAGAUAUAUCUUCCCUCGACUGUGCUCUGAAACCCUUACUUACCAGAUGCUAGAUAUCUGUCUGCGGCGUUGAGGGGAAAGCGCAUGUUUAAUGGCAUUUUGGAAGUCUCCGCGGCGCUCUCCGGGUAGAAGAGGAGACAUUACGGCGCGAGUUAGCUAACGUUAGCUCGCCAACAAGCUGGCUGACAUGGCUGUCUAGCAGGCUGCCAAAGAUAUCUUCAUGGAUCACAGAGGACAACAAAGAGAAAUCACUGCAUCUGUGAGCAUAGCCAAUAAUUAGGGAAUCUGACCCACAAGCAUAUCAUCAGACUGACUUCAGUGCAUGUGGCCUCUCAAGUUGUUCACAGACAUCUGUUGGGCAGCCCAAAGGCCUAUUGCUAUGCACUAUAAACGGAGAGACAUGAGCUGUGGGGAUGCUGGGAGGAGCAGGCUUCUUUCGUGCAGGACUAUCCCUCUGGUAAUAGGGCUUCUAGUGGCCAUGGCCCAGGGCGCUGUGCCAGAACAGCAAGAGACACUGGUGGAGAUGAUAUCUGUGGAACUAGAGGCUUCUAUGCAGUCCUCUGUGCUCUCUGAGCUCCAGGCUGCAGCAUCUUCGGUUGGUGAGGGGCCGCCUACAGCUAUCCAAGAUUCCUCUGCAAAGAACGGGGGAGUGCACACUGGUAUCCCUGACUCCUCUGCAAUCGUGGGCCAGGCGUUCCAGUUGAAGGUUCCACCAGGACCUGCCAAUGCAACCUGUAAUGUCCAUCUCACUGAGAUGGGAAAGGAGACUUUACCCUCCUGGCUAUAUUGGGACAAAGAAAGUUGUAUUCUGAAAGGCUUGGCCCUGGAGCAGGACAAAGGUGUGUAUCAUAUCUUGGUGUCUGGAGAGGAGAUAAUUGAGAAGACAGGCAACCAAGCGUUCCCAAGUACCGUCUUCUCUAUUGAAGUAUACCCAGAAGAACGGGCAGACACUGAGCCAGCCCUGCUCACUCUACAGUCUGAUAUCAGUGGCAUCCAGCCUUUCACCUGUGGCUCUGAGGAGCCUGUCACUGUCCUCACUGUCAUCUUGGAUGCUGACUUGACAAAGAUGGUCGCUGAACAGAGGGUCAACUUACUGGCCAUUAUGAGAAAAUUCUCACAUGUGCCCAUGGAGCACAUGAGGGUGGUCCCUGUUGUCAACAACCGCUUAUUUGACAUGUCUGCUUUCAUGGCUGGACCAGGGAAUGCCAAGAAGGUGGUGGAGAAUGGGGCCCUACUGUCAUGGAAACUUGGAUGCGCCCUUGACCAAGGCAGUAUACCUGACAUUAGCAGUGUCCAGUCCUCAGCAAAGGAUGGGACCAUGUCAGCCAGGCUGGGAUAUCCAGUGGUUGGCUGGCACAUUGUCAACAAAAAGCCCCAUGGAGUGAAACGGGUCAGACGGCAGUUGUACAAUACUCCUACUCCAGUACCCUCCCUGCUUCCUCCAACUACUCACCCAGAGCCCCCUGUACGUGUUAUUCCCACCCCAACUUCGCCCUCUAUUGCCCCAGCAACAGACAACUCUGCUCCCCCUGUCCGAGGCCCUUUGCCUCUUCCGGUGAAGCCCACUAUGAGGGUCCGAGAUCAGAUAGCCCACACACCUGUCUUUGGACCUCCCCAACCCACCAGAGUACUAGGAACUACAAGCACCAUCCCUAUUCAGCCUACCAUGACCCGGCCCACGUUUGUGGAGGCCACUGCUUUGCCAACACCGCCAAGCACUACCAAAAGACCCAAACCCUCUGCCACAAGGAAACCCAAGAAACCCAAAACCUCCACCCCAGCUCCCCGGGAACCCAAGUCUACCACAGCUAAACCGCCCAGACGCACCACUACUCUCUCUUUGGCUCCAGACUUGAAUCAAAACCCACAGAUCCGCAAUGCCAUUGAUCAGGUGAAUGCAUGGGUUGGGACAUACUUUGAGGUAAAGAUUCCUCCUGAUACAUUCUUUGACAGGGAGGAUGGUACUACCGAUAAGCUGCGUUUGACUUUGAAGAAGACCCCAAAAGAAGCAGUGACUGAAACAUCCUGGAUCCAAUUCAACAGCACUAUCCAGCUUUUGUAUGGUCUUCCAGAGGAGCAGCAUGAGGGAAAACACGAGUACUUCAUGUUGGCUACUGAUAAAGGUGGGAAAAGCAUCAUGGAUGCGUUUGAGGUUAGAGUAAACCGUUGGUCUAAUAAUGACAAACCAUCAGUUGUCUUUGCUGCUCGUUUCCAUGGUGACCCCAAAACUUUAAGCAAUGAUGUCCAUAAAAAGAUUCUUUUGACCAAAAAGUUGGCUUAUGCCCUCGGGGAUCGCAACAGCAGCACAGUAACCCUGAGAAACAUCACUAGUGGCUCCAUCGUGGUGGAAUGGACCAACAACAGUCUCCAGCAGAGUUCUUGUCCAAAGGACCAGAUAACAGUUCUCAGCAACAGGAUCUCUGAUCCCCAAGGGACACCUAAACUGGCCUUCAUUAAAGCCAUGGAGCCUGAAUUCAAACCCAUUAACAUCUCCAUUCGUGGCACCAAUAAAUGUCAGAGCUACACGUUCAUCCCACCAGGAGAGGUGCCGAUGCCUGUUCUACCCACAGCCACACCUUCACCAGGGACAGGUCGUAGGAGCAGCGAUGAUGUUUACCUACACACUGUCAUUCCCGCUGUGGUGGUAGCAGCCCUGUUGCUUAUAGCCGGUAUCAUUGCUAUGGUCUGCUACCGCAAGAAGCGCAAGGGGAAGAUGACCAUAGAGGAGCAGGCCACUUUCAUCAAGAAAGGAGUCCCUAUAAUAUUUGCAGAUGAGUUAGAUGAUUCCAAAUCGCCCCCGUCCUCCAGCAUUCCUCUUAUCCUUCAGGAGGAAAAGCCCCCACUCCCCCCUCCAGAGUACCCCAACAUGGCUGGCCCCCACAGUACCCUGCUUAACCAGGAUCUGCUGGAAGAGUAUUCUGUUUAUCAAGAUGAUGAUCCGAAUGCCCCUCCUUACCAGCCCCCACCACCAUUUACUGUCCCCAUAGAGGGCAAAGGCUCUCGUCCCAAGAACAUGACCUCAUACAGGUCACCACCUCCCUAUGUGCCUCCCUAACGCACACUAGAGCUUUCAGUUUGGAAAGCAGGUGCAAUGUAGGGAUGCUUGUUGAAAACUGCUACAGGAGUAAUUUUACAUGUGUUCAAUGAAAUGGCUUUGACUUUGUAGAGGAGCAGGCAACCAUACCCAUAUAUUUGACCAUCAUGGAUAAGACACUAUCGUACAAUUCUACUUCUGGCACAGGGCAAAUGGAUGGGGAACAGUUUGUAAUUCCAGCACUUUUUUUUUUUUUUAUUUUUGUUUUGUUUUGUUUUGUUCUUCAGAUCUGCUUUUGACUUCUUGCAUAUUCUCUUUUGUCUGUUUUUGCCAAGAAGAGUCAAUUUUAUCUUCAACGAUGUUCUAUUUCUAUUGUAUAGAAAAUAAUAAAGAAGCAGGAAAGACUGAAGCCCACAGGGCCUUUUGAGCAGAUGUCACCAUGACAACAGACUUGAGGCUCUCCCUCACAAUGUUAAUCUUUAUGAGUUCUAUAUCACUUAUCUGUCCUUCAGCUAGGUUUACUAAGAUUUUGCACCUGUUAUUUCUAGAGGGGAAUGAAAUACAAAAAGCCAAACUGAAAGCAUGAAAUACUUUAUUUACACAAAAAUCAGUUUGUUUCUUAGACUUUGAUCUUUCCCUGUUCUCUCCUAUGCUUUGCUCCCUCUUGACAAUAACAUGCGAACCUUGCACUUAUGCAAAUUCUUGUUAAACCUUGCACUAUGUGUCUUGCGCAGAAUUGAAUGCAGUAAGUGGUAGUCCAAUAAGGAGAAACAAUUUCUUUUGGUAUCCUUGAACUCACCACAUGACUGAGAUUCCUCUGGUAUUUGAUCACAAAGGACAUUACAAUGAUCACGCCUGUUGUAGAUGUAGCCUCAUUAAGUUACAAAACAAAUGACUUUUUUUUUUUUUUUGUAAUGUGUGUGUGCCACUGAACCUGCCUGUGAGAUGACUGGUUUUGCUGUUGCCAAGGUGAUGUCUGUGGUCACAAGGCAAACCUUGUGGGGUUGCUACAACAAUAAUGAAGGGGCCAAUGGAAUGCUGUGGUUCACAGCAGGCUGAGACUUGGUGACAUAGUCAAUGAGGUGGAUCCACUGUCUUAUAUUCAGUUGGUUUUGUUGGUAUGAGGGGUGGGUGGGCUUAGAGUAAUGUAUUAUCACUGCUCUGCCUCAAGGUGUUGCACUAUUGUGUUUAGUGCGCUGCCUGGUGUCAGUUCAGAUGAGGCAUGGGGACAAGGGGAUGUACAUAAUUGUGUGCCUGUGAAAUUAAACAACUCCAUAAUGUUAGUGUUUUAUCAGUAAACCUAGUUGGGAAAGGGAGGGCCAGAGUGGGAAAUAAUUUUAUUUUUUAAUUGUAUGUCUAGAUUUAUGAUCACAAUCAUGAAAAAAAAAAAUGACUUUAUAGUUUGUGAGGGUACAAAAGAACGUUUACCUGCCCAUCACAAAAAGUAAUGCAUUAUCUCAAUAUGAUGGGGAACAAAGAAACUACAACAUGUGAAUUAUGUACAUUUCAUAUCUGAUAUCACCAUAAGAAAAAAUGGUUAAAAAUCUAAUGUUUUUACUGAGUUUUUGAUACAGUCUUAAACUUGUUUUAUGAAAAUAUAUUAAUAAAAUGUAAUACUAUUUGUAAAGCCUCAAA